GGUUGAGAACGAGUCUCUCAGCCAUUUGCGCGUUGGUAGCAUAAGUGUUUCUCUGGUGCUUCGCUUCUCUUGUGUCGUUCACAAAUUUAUACGUACUACUUAGUAUAUUUUAUAACAAAAAAUAUAUUUAAUCUCAAGGAUUUCAAGUGUACCUAAGUGCUUCCUGAUUAAUUGAUCAACAUUCAUCAUGGCUGAUGUCGAAACUAAAGAAACCAAAGUUGUUGCUUCCCCAGAGAAGAAAGUAGUGGAGGAAGAAAAAAAAAAGGAGGUUACCGAAGAGGAAGUUAAUGAAAAUUCAAGAUCAUCGGAAACUGAAAAUGGAGCUGACAAUGAUGCCAAAACAAAUGGAUCAACAGAAGAAAAAGAAGCCGAUGAGAAAGAAGUUGCGUCGACGGAAAAUGGUGACUCUCCAGUAAAACCAGUCGAAGAAGAGGUAUGUUGCAUAAAAAGGAAAUCCACUGCUGGCCAAGAAGCCGUGGAUGCUACUGAUGGUGUGACUCCUGAAAAAAAGGCUAAAGUUGAAGACAAACCUGUUGUUGAAGCUGAAAGCAACGGUGAUUCCAAGACUGCUGCCUAAUAUUUCACUUACAUCAUCUGUACACCGUAAUCUGUGGACAUUAUCACCAUCUAAGCGUGAAUUUAAAUUUAAACAGAAUCAUCAGUGUGCAGUAGGAGAAGACGAAAGGAUUACAUUGUUAAUUUUUUUUUUCUUUAUCCAUUAUAUAUUACAACAGUUAAAUUACAUUAAAAAAUCUCAUCCUUUAUGGAUUAUUAUUAUUAUUAUUAUAUUCAUAUUAAUUAAGUUAAAUAGUGUUAUAUUAUCCCACCUGAAUAUGUAUUAUAUUACCGUUCUUCAUCAUCGUCCUCUCUUACAUGCAAAUCCAUGCACAUUAACCUGUUAUAUUGUUACGAUAAGAAAUAAGUACGCAAAUAAUGUUAUAAGUACUAUAUUUGUAAUUCGGAAAUAUUUUAAUGCGGUGCUGUGGAAUAUACGAUUCUCGUUAGAGAUAUUGCCGAAUUAAGUAAAAAAAGAAUGUUAAAUUGUGUUUAGCAUUUUCAGAGAUAACUAUACGGUAUUAACGGCAAAAAAAAAACUUAUUUUUCUGUUGACUAAAUACAUUCCUGUAUCACAAUUUGGUAAAAAAAAAUACCAAAUAUCUAUGUAACAAUUGUGUAAGACUAGCAUCGCUGACUUCCGAUGAACAUUUAUUUAUUUUUCUUUUUUUAUUCAGUUGAAAUUUUCAAUCCACCGUAGAAUCAUAUCUAUAUUUAUUCAUACGACCAGGUUUCAUGUUGACUCAUUAGUAAUGUCCAAAAAUAUUCUACGGUGUAUUGAGGAAUAAAAAAAGAAAAAACAAAUAUAUCGACUUUCCUUGACAGUCAAAUUUUUGACUUAUAGUUGUUUGUCUUGUUUAAUGUGGAAUGUGUAGGUUCAAAACUUAGAAAAUUUUAAAAGAAAAAAAGUUGUCAUAAAUUCUUAUAAUUUCUUCGAAUAUAAUAUUUUUUCUAUUUAUUAAUCAAUUAUAUACUAUAACUUUCAUGAAAAAAAAGUAAAUUUUUGAUUUUAUUAAUUAUAACGUAACAGUGCAAUGUGCAACUAUAACUUGAUUACAGACUUAAUAAUAUUUUUGACUUAUAACAUGACGAAAUAAAUAUUAUAAUAUUACAGGAGUUUAAAAAUGUGUAAUAAAAAUAUCAUAAAUUUGAUAUAAAUUAUUUCUUUUGUGUUCAACUUUAUAUAAAUUAAGAUUAAAGUUUGUAUAAUUUAGUAAAAGUGUUCAAAACUAA